AUGGCAUCUCCUAGUACAUCACCCUCGAUCGCUCACGACAUGCAAGAUAACAACGCAUUGACGUUUGGCAGCUCUCCCCCUGUCAGUGAAGAUCAAAGCUCGUCAACUUACACCGUAAAUUCUUCGCCUUCUUCUUCUCUUCACUCUCCACUCAACAACUAUCAACAACAACACUUUCGAAUGGCCACAACUGCAAGCAUCAAAGACGAGCAUCAUCAUGCUGCUCCACAACCACAUCAACGUCUUUUUAGCUACUCGGAUCUAUUGACAUCACAAGCAUCGCCUUAUGAACACCAUGGAUACCGUAACAAUGAAAGCAACAACAAUGGCACCAAUCAUGCCGCAGGUGGUGGUUUACCAGAAAGCAAUGGAUUUAAUGGACUUGGGCUGCAUCCUCAUUCACGUCAAUCUUUAUCAACAAUGCACCAUCAUCAGCAGCCAAGCAUACAACAAUCAUCUUCUACAAUGACACCACCUUCUUUCAUGGCAAGAACAGGCACAGCAGCACCUACAACGGCUAUGGGACACAAUUCCAUGAGCAGCAGUAUGCUACCUCCUCCUCCAUUAUCAUCAGCUGUAGCAACAUCUCAGCACAAUCACAAUCAACAACAAAGCAACAAUCACAUAAUGAAUAUGACACAUCAUCAACAACAACCACCAAGCACAAUGGCAUUGCAUCCAUUGAGCUCACCUUAUUCACCCUCCUCGCCUGUGGCAAGACCAUUGCAUCAACAGCAACAACAACAUCGCAAUGGUAGUGGUAGUAGCGAGUCUUCAUUGUAUGAAGGAUUUGGAUACCCAUAUACCACAGCAACAAUGCUGUCAGGAGGAGCAAAUAGAGAUAAACAACCACGUGGUACAUCCAACAGCCCCGGCGGCAACACUAUGCUUGGAGGUCUCUCCUCAUCUUCUCGACCUAUUACUCCCGUUUCACCCCUGAUGCCAUUGUCAUUGGAUGUCGACGAUAAACAUCAUCAAGAUAUGGAUCGUUUUAAUCGUCACCCCAAUGAGUCACGUCCAUGGGAUCAACAUCAUGGUUACACAAACAUCGGAAGUAGAUCGGCUUCUUCCGGUAGUAAUGCAUCGCAGCAUCCUCCUCGAUCUCGUGGGCGCCGAGUAUCCAAUGUACCCACACAAGGUGUUCGCAUGUUCACUUGUCAAGCUGAAGGUUGUGGAAAGGUGUUUAAGAGAUCUGAACAUCUCAAACGCCACAUUCGAUCCAUUCAUACAUUAGAAAAACCAUUCGAAUGUCCUUAUCAAAAUUGCCAUAAGCGAUUCUCUCGAUCCGAUAAUCUCAACCAGCACAUUCGCAUUCACCGCCACAGCAAUGCAGGUGUCAAGAAGGAGAAAAAGAUACCGUCGGCCUCUGAUUUCCACCUUGGAGGCGUUGGUGUAUCCCAUCACCCUCAUCAUCACGCUGUUGCUACUGCUGGUGUCCCACCAUCCCCGCCACCACCAUACCAUCACCCUUUUUCAAGCUAUUGCAACAUCUAA